AUGUCGUCCGCAUUUCGAGAAUCGUCGCUGUCCGCCAGCAUCAACCGCCAGUCGCUAAUGGCGACCCCGUCCGUCGCCGAGACGCUGCCAAACGCCAACUUUGGCUUUGAAGAGCUUCGCGAUCGCAUGACCAAGUUCACGUCAAAGUUUGAUGCCUUUAUCGAACAGGGUCGCAAGCGCGUUUUGGAGGAGCGAAACGAAUUCCGCAUGAAUGUGGCAGAACUACAAGAGGACCAGCGCAUGAAGAAGAAGGACAUUGAGAUCCUCCAACUCAAGACGAGCACCCACCAACAAACCGUGGCCAAAGAAAAGGCCGAGACGCGCGAGAUGCAAGCCUCGAUCGCGCAGCUGUCGGAAGAGCGCGACAAGCACCUGGCGACGCGGGACGCGCUCAAGAAGCAAAUCGAAGAGACGCAAAAGGAGAUUGACGCCCGGCUGGCGGCGCAGCGGGCGCACGCGAAGCAGCUCGAGGCGCAGUCGCGCUUCAACGUUCCCGAGCUCGAGUUUUGGCAGCAGAAUCUGGGCCUGCGGAUCGAGGGCGCGGGCAAAGACGACCGGCUCAAGUUUAUCUACACGUACGUCGACGACCAGGACUGGGAGAGGGAGGCGUGGUUCGAGCUUAACACGGCGAGCCGGGACUACGAUGUACGGCACUGCCGGCCCAAGUUGGAGCGGGAGCGGGUGGAGAGGGUGCUGGAUCAGCUUAAUGAGACGAGGGAGCUGGCGGUGUUGCUGAAGGGGAUGAGGGAGUUGUUCGUGGAGGCGAUGAAGGCUUGA